UGUGCUGUGGUUUCCCUUUGUUCUGUAGAUGCACUGGGACUUUGACAUGUACAUUCGGAACCGUGUUGACACAUCCCCCACGGUGGUUCCCUGGCACACCAUGCGCAAGCACUUCCUUGUCUUUCUGAGCACCAUGCUGAUCAUGUUUGCUGUCGGGCAGAUCUAUCCCUCCUACAGGCCUGUGGGACCGAAGCAAUAUCCCUUCAAUGACCUGUAUCUGGAGAGAGGAGGAGACCCCAAUAAAGAGCCGCCGGUGGUGACGCACUAUGAGAUCUGAAAGCUGUUGACACGCCGUGUUUCUCCUGUCUCAGCUCUGCUGGGGAUGGCACCUUCUCUAG